CGGCACUAUCGGAUCCCGUUAACGGCAGUCGCCGUCGAGACACCCGCUAUAACGUCUCUCGCAUCUCCGACACACACAUCAAACCGGUGUGUCCUUAUUUCUUCUCGUUCUUUCGCACCUACUACAUCGGUUACUCUUAAAAACAUCGAGAGCCCUUGCGAUCGACGACGAAAGAAUAUCCUCCCCGACGUAUGAUUUUUGUGCUCGCAAAGGGAAUAAUCGUUGGAACAUCGCGAACAUAAUUGCAAUGAGAUCGUCUUUCGAUUCGAUCGAGUUUCGAGGGUGAACGAUUUGAACGAUCGUACCGGGUGUUUGUUAUCGUAUUUGAGGAAAGAAAUGAGACAUUCCAAAGAGAACUCGUAUCGAAUAGAUAUCAUGUGGUAAAGAUCAUUUAUCUAAAGGGUGUAUCAAAGAACAACGUAUUUGCUUUUCAUCCGUUCGAAAUUACUUGGUCGGAUAUAUCAAAGAUAUCGCCAAGUACGCGGAUGUUGGGUGCAGCGAGGAGAAAAGGAAAGUUUCCGUAAGUAGAAGGGAAAGACGAAAAAAGUGAAUCAGGAUGAUGGAAGUGCAGCAGCAACACUCGCCCGUUGGGGUAGGUCCGUUGGAUUUUUCCCGAAGAGGAGUAGCCGAGACGUCAGCCUUCCGGGUCGUCAAACCGAAACAAUCGACAUCGUCGCUCGUGCAUCAGCAAGCCGUGUCGUCGCCGGAAACUAAUAACAAUGAAAAUCUUCAAGAAAAUUCGCAGGUUUCCCUUGAAUCCGAAGGAGGAUGCAACGUUCGUUUAAUGUUCCCGAGACUGUGGGCACCGUUUGGAAAUGCAACCGAGGUUACGAAUCUUCCUCCCCUGCCAAAAAGUCACUCAGAACGGCUAUCCUUCGGUGUUGGCCGUUUGGUUGGUUCACCGGCGACGACAAGUCCCUCGCCAUCGCAUUCGCCAUGCCCGGAGUCCCCGGUGCUCGAUCAUCGUCGGGAUCAUUGCGCCGAGGUGGACGUGGACGUCGAAGAGGAAGAAGUCGACGUGGACGUCGAAGAGGUCGGCGAGGAGGACGAUCGAGACGCAGCGUCGAGUCCUCAUCGUUCUUCCUCUACGCCAUCGCCCACCGGUACGAUUACCUCAGCGACAUCCCAGUCGCAUCCGCCAAAGAGAUCGGGCGACACGUUCAGCGUGUCGGCACUCCUCAGGCCUGAUCCACCGUCUGCUCACCUUCAAAAUGCCUCUCCUCAUCGUGACGCGGCCACGAUCGGUCCUCAUCCGACAGCACCAUCCGGCUCCUCCAUCCUCUAUCCACCUCUCCAUCUUCAGGGUGGACUUUUACCGCCUCAUCCUCACCAUCCUCUCUCGUACCUACAUCCUCAGUUGUUGCCUCAUCAUCUAUUGCCGCCCCACUUGCACCCACUCCUACGUGGGGUCCAUCCUGGACACCCGGCUCUACACUCGACUCACACGGCUCACGGGCUACAUCAUCCCCAUCCGCUCGCAGACGUCUACAGCUGCGUCAAGUGCGACAAGAUGUUCAGCACGCCUCACGGCCUCGAGGUGCACGCGAGGAGAUCUCACAAUGGGAAGAGACCGUUCGCUUGCGAGCUCUGCAACAAAACCUUCGGCCACGAGAUAAGUCUGACGCAACACAGGGCUGUACACUCAGCGGAGAAGGUAUUUGAGUGUAAGCAGUGCGGAAAAGCGUUCAAACGAUCGAGCACCCUGAGCACGCACCUUUUAAUACACUCCGAUACAAGGCCGUACCCGUGUCAAUUUUGCGGAAAGCGUUUUCAUCAGAAGAGCGACAUGAAGAAGCACACGUAUAUUCACACAGGUGAAAAGCCGCACAAGUGUCAAGUAUGUGGCAAGGCGUUCUCGCAGAGUAGCAAUCUGAUAACGCACUCGAGGAAGCACACGGGAUUCAAGCCGUUCGCUUGCGAGCUGUGCGGACGAGCUUUCCAGAGGAAGGUCGAUCUGAGGAGGCACCGCGAGACCCAGCACGCCGAUCUUGGCACGUCGCAUCGGCCGGCUAUGGCCGCGAUUCCACCUCAAAAUUCUUUGCCAACCGGAAAUCCAUCGAUAAUGCAAUGAAAAGCGUAGCCUUUCUAGCGAGAGAGGGAUUCUCAGCGAUCGGGGAAAGUACGGACUAGGAAGGACGGACGGAUUUGAAAGUCCACGCAUCGUCCUCGUAAAUAUAAAUAGCGAAAACGAUCGACUUCGUAGACGACUGCUGAACGACUAAUUGCCGGAAGAGUGCAAUAGAAGGAGCGGAGGAUCUCUGAAGGAGGCAUACGGGAACAAAAAGUUGUUUUUGAUUUCGAUGCGUCAACUUUUGCUCCGUUGAUGUUAUCGACAAAAGACGGCCGCUCUCGUGAGCCGCGUAAAGAUUCGUUGGCUCCCGAUAGGGCUCACGAUCGUUAAGACUAAGAUGAGCUCGUUAAGAGAGCAAGGUCCGCGUAACGUUGCACAAUCGAAAUCGAAUCCUUCGUUUCCGUCUCGAGGGAAUAUUAAAGAAAUUUUAUUUCGAUCGGCCAUUACCUUAUCGCGCGAUCGAUCCUCAUCUUACUUCUCUUCUCGCUUUUUCCUAGAUAUUCGCGUGGUAUCGAAUCGAACGAUCAGAACGGGUCUGAUAUCGGCCGAUUAGAAUCGACAUUCCUUCGAAAUGGUAGUACCGCGAGAUGAAUCGGCGUGAAAGAAAAUAAGAAAACGAGAAAAGAAAGAGAAAAGUGUAAAAUAACGUUGUUCUUAUAAAUUAUCUGUUGUUUUAAUACCUCAUGCGAGGUGGGGGUUAAAUACAUAAGUACGUAGGCGCAUUUUAACGCAUACGUUGCCGUUGUCGUUCUUUGUUCGUUCGUCGAUUUAAAAGGAAAGAAAAGAAAAAAACAAAAACUCGUUUAGCGAAUAACAGACGAACACACACUGACACACACACACACUUUGCAUAUCUCUUUCGCGAAGAGGAAACAUCACCCCUACCUCUGGAUCGCAACUGUGACCAAACUUGUAAAUAACACCGUAGACCGUAUCUCUUUUUAGUAUAAGCGUUUACUCGUGCGUACGUGCGCGUACAUACAUAUGAAUGUGGAUAUAAAACGACUCGAAUCUAUAAAUAUAAAUAGAGAAGCGCGUCGCUCCGAUCUAAGCUAUUUUUUGUUCGCACUAAACUCACCCUCCUCGGCGAGAGAAACUAUA